UUAACUGAAUUUAGUUUGUGGUUAAUAUUUUUAACCCGACCGUCGUUUGAAAAGUGCACAUUAAACAAGCCCCACGUAAAGAAAGGGUCAUUAACAAUUUAAUUUUUCUUUGGGGUAUAUUUUUUGCUAUACCCACCAUAGGAUUCGAACCAGCGACUCCUCCACAUAUCUCUGAAUCUUCAUCGCCAGGAAAGUUUGUACAAUGCUACCAUAGAAAGCAAGGAAGUUUCUUUUCUUUUAUUCUGUGUGGGAGUGUGGCUGAAUCUUUGCUUUAAUUAAUCCCAUGAUUCCUAUAAAGCUGCUGUGUAUGGCAUUGUGAAACAAAUAUCAUCAAGUGAAGUAUACAAUGGAGCCAGAGCCAGGGGAUAUUGCAAUUGUACUUUCCAGGGCGUCCAAGCUUCAUUCAAAGCUGAGCAGUUGUAUUAUCGAGAGAGCAUCAUCGGCACAGGAAGAAGAAGAAGAAGAUUAUGAAGACACAGAGACCCUAAGCCUAAUAAAUAUACGAGACGCUCUUGAAUCUCUUGAGCAUCAGCUUUCUUCUCUCCAGGAUGAAGGAGGCAAGGACAAUCCGUUGAAGGCAAUGACAAGGACCGUCGAAGACAAGAACAAGGUCUGUCCAGGGCAAUGAUCACUUGUCUUGAUCACUUGCAUUCUUCUGAAACU